UUGCAAAAAUGAGUGAUUCAGAAGAAGCGAAAGAAAUCGCGGAAGUUCAGCGACAUCCCGACAGCGAUCAGCCCAACAAAAUGUCAGACAGCGAGAAUAACAAUUUGCUCAACCUGGAGGAUAUUAUCCAGCCGCUUAUAGGGGCGAACUGCUCUGAUUAUGCAGUGGCCCAUGCAACUGUGAAUGUGAUACCGUUUCGCACAUUUGCAGAGGUUUCACUGCUGCCGGAUAUUGUGCAGAGGAUGAGGAAAUUGGGCCUGAACCGUCUGCAGCGGCUGCAGAGCUAUGCCUGGCCGCACAUUCUCAAUGGACCGGGCCACGGUGUCCUCAUUGUGAGUGCCCCACGAAGCGGUCGCACGAUGGGAUAUGUGCCGCCCAUUUGUCACGUGGCCAGCACGGUCCUGGCCGCGAAUCGAUACAGGAGAGAAAUGGCAAUUGACUUAUUGGAUGUCUCGCAUGGAAUGGGACCCAUUGCCCUGAUUCUAGUGCCAGAUAUAACGCGAAUGGAGCAGGUUGCCGCCCUAUGCAGUGCACUCAUGCCCAGGGAUGAGACCGUCGAGGACAUGUGGACCAUUAUGGUGAAGAAGGUGUUGACCGUUCCAUCGGAGUGCACUCCCACGUUCAUGGGUGCGUGGAUCAGCGAAAUAGGCGUCUUGGUGGCCACCCCCGCCCGAUUUGUCAACGCGUGCAAGCAAGGAGAAGGUCUGCUAAAGCUUAAUCAGCUACAGGUAGUGGUCUUCGAUGAUGUGGACCUAAUGCAGAAAGAAGAACUGAAAUUGGCCCAGCAGUACAUUCCAAGCAUGGCGGCUAAACACAAGGCCAAUCCCCGUCCGCAGGUGGUGAUGGUUUGUCAACACUUUACUCCGUCCCUGAUUUCCAUGGUGCGCCGUUUCAAUCAACAUCCGUGCCUGAUAUUUGGCGAUCUACUGGAAGCUGCUCUCUAUGGCGGGAUGAGAUUGUUGGUCAAUAUGGUCGGGGCGGAGGGUAAGGUCGCUGCGAUCGUGAAUCUACUUCUUCAGCGCCCGCCGGCGGUGUAUCGCACCAUAAUCUUCUGCGAUGACGAUUUGCAAAUGACCCUGCUGGUCGGAGCCUUAGAGGAUUUCGAGUACCAAUGUCUGGUCUACUACCAAACCAUGGAUCUGGAGCAACUUGAUAAGGUAAGCAGCUGGACGUGUGACAGCCGCGGCCUCAUAUUUGUCUGCACUGACGACUGUCCGGAGCUGAAAAUACGCAAUGCGCACACCAUUAUCCACUACAGCAUGAGCAGCUCGUGGGGCAAGUUCAAGAAUCGCUUCAUGUUCCUGUCCGACAAUGUGCCCAAUGCCCUGGAACCAACCGCAACCGAUCGAAGGAUCCUGGAUUCGCUUGUCCUCUUGGAUGAGGCGAACGCCAGGCAGCUGCCCCGUCUGGUCGACUUAAUGCUGCUCCGCCAGAAAUUGGAUCCCAAUAUUGUGGCGAUGGCUGAUCGCAUCCGCAAGAAGGUAAACACAAUGAAAAACAUUGUUAAGCCGAUAUGCAGGGAGAUCUUGACUCACGGCGACUGCUGGGACACCAGGUGCGUGCAUCGUCAUUAUUUGCACGAAUCGGAUCGCCGUUUAUCGGCAGUACCCUGCUCGGGAGACAUCAAGGUCAAAGUGCUCCGCGUGUACUCCCCCGGACACUACUGUGUAAUCGCCUACGAGCAUUUGCCCCCGGAGGGUAAAUGGCACAGCUUAGAGCCCGACAGCAAUUUGCCGACUCUGCUGAAUUUCAAACUCAGCGGGGAGAAAGUGGAGCCACCGCCUCGCUACUGGCCACCGCAACACCAAGCCGUGUGUCUGUGGAAGACAGAGUCUGAGACGGUUUCUGGCUAUUCAUAUGAGCGUGUCCGGGUGCUCAGUGUGCCGCCCAUUGAGAAUGUGAAUCUGGCCCAGUCGGACCUCGUGGUGCUCGUGCAGGCCAUGGACUAUAGCACUCGCCGCUUCGAGACCAAAUGCAUGUCCCUUCAUGUCUGCCCCGAUGAGUACGUCAGUGAGCCGCCAUUGUGCAUGGAUCUGCGCCUCCUGGGAAUGGUUAAUCACAUGAGUGAUCGCAAUUGGGCUGGCGCAGACGCGAAGACGGUUCAAGACUGGCUGGACAAGGCGCCCAAGGACCACUUCGUUCAGGCCAAAGUCGCGUUCUCCACUUCGCACACGAUCUUUGCCACAUGUAUGGUGUCUAUGGUCUACCUGAAGACAGUGAAGACUUUUAAUCUCCACUUGAACCUACUAAGAGCCCAGAUCGAGAACAAGAUAAGCAAGCGAUGUGCCCGAACCAAAGAGAAGAUUUUAAAAUUCUUCGAGGAGCUCAUCAAGCUGGACGCACCGCCGAUCCCCCAAGAACCCCCAGAACAGGAACAGGAAACGAACACAUGUGACGAUGUGCGUUUGGCGGCAAAUGGGCCCAAAGAGCACAUCGCCGAGGACAAGUACAAGAGCUCACCCUCAAAGCAGGACAAUCAUAAAUUGCCGGCCAGAUUCCAGCGUGUAGUGGACCAGAGGCUUAAGAUGAGCCUGGAGAACCGCCUAUGCCAAAAGCGCAGCCAGGAAGAAACGGAUUCCGAGAAAGCCAAGACCACUAACGUCGAGCUGGAACCUAAGCAGAGUCAGAGACCUGCCACGCCUGUUGACCAGGACCAGACUGCAGAAUCGGAAGCUUCCGUACUUAAAGAGGUCCCAAUGUCCGAUUUCUACGACUGCUUCAUGAAAUGCGCCGCGCUGGACCGCAUGGAGGAAAUGGAAACGGGCACUAGCAUGGCAGGUCCGAACGUUGGCUAUCAGAUGUUGACUGAAGCCCCAGUCCAGCGCUCCCUGGAGUCCAAGAAGGCAAAGCCCAAACAAGAAUUAAUCCAAGAAUCCAACGGCGAGAAACUGUCAGCCCGGACAGGAGUAACAGCAAGUAAUGCUGCCCGUAUUCUGCGGUCCGCAUCGCGUCCCGAUGUCAAAUACUUCCAGACCCUCCACGCCCUCCAUCUGCAGGUGACCAUGGUCGAUGAAAAAGUUUCCUACCGAACACGUGUGAUAAAAAGCAGCACGAUUUUCUUUAAGGCCAUCCCUACUGUCGGAUCAGGAUUGGGAUCCCCCACUUGCAACUCUAACUCUGGGGGCUACGAGUUCUCUGUGAACACACAUAUGAUCUUCAAAGGUAUACAACAUUCCAUGAAGGGGCGCACGGUAUACAUCGAGCUUCAAAAGAAGAAUCCAGGCUACUACCCCACACAAUUUGUCCACUUAAAGUACUUUCAAACGAACUACGACAAGAUUGUGAUCGAGGAGAAGUGGCAUCAGCGAGAAAGAUUCAACUUUGAACAGUUGAUACGUCAGCAUGGAUGGGGAGUGCCAAAAAUCAAAGAAAAAGUGGAAAGCAGCGAGGAACCCGCGUCCGAGACCGAAUCGGAGGAGGGGGUGGAGCGACCCGAAGACUACAGGAAGAUCGAAAUGAAUUAAGUUUUAAAGCACUUAUAACUAUUCAAUUUAAGAACGAGUGGCAUUCAAAGAAGAGCAUGAGCCACGACGCAGUCAGUAAAGAUAUAUGUAUAUUGUUUCCAAAUUCAAUACUAUAGAAGGAAUUUAAAACUGAAUUUUUAAUUUUUAACACUUGACACACACUUACAUAUGUAUUCCAUAAAUAAUAUAUUGAUAACAAUA